CCCCGGACCGGCCAAAGCCCGCGCGUCGCUACAUCCCCGCGUCCAGCGCUUACGUCCCGCCGCCGUCGCCACCAUGCCCAAGAGAAAGGCUGAGGGGGAUGCUAGAGGAGAUAAAGCCAAGGUGAAGGACGAGCCGCAGAGAAGAUCUGCAAGGUUAUCUGCUAAACCUGCUCCUCCAAAGCCAGAGCCCAAGCCUAGAAAGGCCCCAGCAAACAAGGGAGAGAAGGUACCCAAAGGGAAAAAGGGGAAAGCUGAUGCCAGCAAGGAUGGGAAUAACCCAGCAGAAAACAGAGAUGCCAAAACAGACCAGGCACAGAAAGCUGAAGGUGCUGGAGAUGCCAAGGGAAGGGUGUGCAUUUUUGGUAACUGUGUACUUCUGGUGACUGUACAGUUUGAAAUACUAUUUUUUUUAUCAAGUUUUAUAAAAAUGCAGAAUUUUGGUUUACUUUUUUUUUUUUUUUAAGCUAUGUUGUUAACACACAAAACACUUCAUUGUUGUUUUGGGGGAAGGGCAUAUGUCA